UUUUCUAAUUUGUCUUUGUUUACAACAGCUAUCCGUGAAACGGUACAAAAAGUGGCAGCAGAAUUUCGACACAAAUCAAUUAUCUUGGCAGAUUCUAGUAAACAGAGAAUGAAUUCGGAGAAUAUGGACAGUAGAGGAGGACCAGGAGAAGAAGUGGAUCUUAUGGAUGAGCUUCUUGAAUCGGGAGAGAAUUUUGAUGAACUGAAUGAUGUGGUAUCUGAUGAUAAAAUUAAUAAGAAGAGAUCAGGACAUCACUCCUCAGGAUCUGAUGCCAGUAAACUGAACAAAAGAUCUGACAAUACUACUGACCCCCAAAUUAACAGAGGUCGUACUCGCUCGGGCAACAGCCAUUCUACAAGGACAAAUGUCAGUCAUGGCGGCCGCCGCUCCAGCGAGGGUGGAGCUGGCAUGAAGAACAGUGAUACUCUGAGUAAGAUGAGCAGCUCUAAUAAUGCUCCACUCAGCCCAAACAAUUGUGAACUAGGAAAUAGCAGCACGAGUGGUCCCGGAGUUAAAACUAACAUUGGAAACAGCGAUUCUGGAACAAAGAAGAGACCCAAGGAAGCGAUUACAGCUCCCAAAAAGAAGAUAGAAGCCCCGAGCAACAGCAGCAAAGACAUGGACGAGCUCACUGACGUGGACGACGAUGAGCUCAUGGACUUCGAGGACUCGCCUCGCCACAGCGAUGGCGCGAUCUCCUCAGCCGGCGAGAACAACAGGACAUCCAGGGAGCCUUCCUUCAGCGGCGCCUCACGCGCGUCCUCCACUUCCAGGAACCAGUCUCCUGCGCCAAGAGAUGAGGAUGAGGCCAACAACUCAGACAGCGGGCGUCGCGAGAACGACAGCAGCAACAAGAGAAACAGAAGCUCUUCUGUCAGGAGCGAGCGGGAGGAGAAAACUGAAGAUACUGAAGAGCAGGUGGCCACCAACGCGACUUCGACGGCGACCGGCAAGAAGAAGUACGACUAUAUCACCAAGAUCAACUACCUGUUCCGCGAGGCCAGGUUCUUCCUCAUGAAGUCCAACAACGAGGAGAACAUCGCGCUAUCUAAAAGCAAGGGCGUGUGGUCUACGCCUCCACAGAACGAAACUAAAGUCAACCAGGCAGUGAAGGAAUGCAGGAACGUCAUCCUCCUGUACUCGGUCAAGGAGAGCGGCAAGUUCUGUGGGUUCGCGCGCGUGGCUGGCGAGAGCCGCCGAGAUCUGCCCCCCGUGAGCUGGGUGCUGCCGCCAGGGCUGUCAGCUCGUGCCCUUGGGGGCGUCUUCACCCUCGACUGGAUCUCCAAGAAGGACUUGCCUUUCUCCAAAACUCUACAUCUCUACAAUCCCUGGAAUGAAGGCAAAUCUGUCAAAAUCGGCAGAGACGGACAGGAAAUCGAGCCCCGUGUAGCGGAGGAACUGUGCCGACUAUUUCCUAAAGAUGAAACAGUGUCGCUGACAUCCGCUUUGUUACGCAGCAAGAAACGAGCUAAGGCCACCGCCGGCUCUAAUCGUGGCCCCAUACGGCGCCCCUUGCUUCUCCCUGGCGAACGCCGCAAUAACGGCCGCAAUGGACCUGGUGCCAACUUCAACGCUGCUGCAAAUUAUAACUCGAACUUUAACUAUCGCUCCGGUGGAGGAGAUCAUUACUACAGCGCCUCUUUCCGAUCUCGUGGUGGAAGAGGCGGCGGUGAUUUCCAGCAGCGAUCAAGAGGAGGAGGCUUCGGUGGAGGGGAUCGUCGAGGUGGAGGAGGAGGUGGAAAUGCCCGUCGUGACGGUGGAGCUGGUGGAAUGUCCGGGCGCCAGUCGUUCCGCGGUGCACGGACAGAAUACUUCAGCCGUGGGGGAGGCCGCGGACGGGGUUACGCUGGUGAUGGGGAGGGUUACAGCGGAGGAGGCGUCAGGAGGAAGCGCUACGAUGACGAGGACUACGACGCAGGUCCUCGACCUAAGAGGAGUCGGGAGCUCGACGACAAGCCCAGCGGGGGCUACGGCGGGGGAGGAGAAGGGGUGAGGGGAGGCAGGGACCGCUCCCCUGCGCAUCCCUCAUCCCCAUACCGCUCUUCUUCCUCAUCCUCUGCCUUCAGGCGAGACGUUGGAGCAAGCAGCAACAGCAGCGGUGGUGGUUAUGGAGGCGGCAGCUCGCAGCAGCAGACGAUGUUCAGCGUCCCGCCCCCCAAGAUCAGCUCCAGCCACAACUCUGCUCCACUUUCGUACCAGGACUUCUUGCUGCGCGAGAUGCGCGACUACGCUAGCACGCGACCGUCCUCCUCCUCCUCCCUGCCCCCCAUGGCCUUCCCGCCCCCCCCGCCCUUUGCACCGCUGUCGCCCCCCCGCUACUACGACCCGCCCCCCCUUCCUGACUACGUCAGCGCCCCCCCUCCACCACCCUCAUCGCGCUCGGCUCGAGCGUCGGGAGCCGACAAGACGCACUCCCGCUCUGCCAACGUCGAGUCGUACGAUCGCUCCGUGGACGAGUUCCUGCAGCGCAACCGCGACCGUCGGAGAGACGACAGCCGCGAGCGCCGCUCCUACCGCGACCGCAGAUAAGCGACCAGCGCUGCACCUACAUACCAUUGCUGGUCCUGUGGCUGAUGGUACCUCAUCCUUCUCAUCCAUUUCACGUCAGAGUGCGGCAAUAUCUCAUCAGAAGUCAAUCUCCUGCAGUGAUCCGUUCUACUCUGCAGUACGGCAAUACCUAUACUAAACUAUAUGUUUUUUCUAUAUGAACCUUUUUUCCAUAAGUCUGUAUUUAUGCUGUUCAUUGUAGCUGUUGUCACAGUUUCUAUCAAUCUACUCCAGGAAGAUGAUACUGAAUGUCAGGAUGCUGUCGUAUUCAGUACUUUGUGGACGCAAAUUUAUAGCGGAAGCGGAAUUUACGUCGUACAUUUUUAUCAUGCGAUGGAUCAAUUGUGCUUAAUAGUCACCCCAAUGAAUUGUAAGUAAUAAUAAUCCAAAUAACAAUUGUAUUUAAUUAUGAUCCUUAGGAAAAUUUGCUGUGUUUUUCAUGUUUAUUGAAAAUGCGUUAAUUUAUGAACGAACACGACUUCCCAUAUGAUCGUGGUAAACGAGCCACCCAAUUUGUUGAAGAUAAAGCAGGUGAUCUGUAUUUAUGUGAUUAUAAUACCUUGUCUUGACUCCUUCACGAUGCCAAUUGUGACAAAUGGCCAACAUGUAGAGGUACAUAGACUGCUGGCUUCGUUGUAAAAUUUUAUCGUCAACAAGCCUCAUUUUUUACAGAGAGAUGGCAUUUUGUAAACAUUGUCUUUGAUUUUUCGUGCGUUGUACCCAUGUCAAUUGAUUCUGUUAGGUCUCUUCAUAUUCUCAGAAUCUCGGGAAUGCAUUUUCAAAUUUCCUCACUGCAUUAUUUUUGUAUCUGACUCGUGCGUAUAAUCUAUAUAUUAAUAAGUUUUAGGACUCUUUCUUGAAUUGAGCUGUAAAAGUACCUUUAUUCCUAAGUAUUUUUUAAGCAUACUCUGUCACAAACAUAAUUGAGCUUACUAUUUUUCCUUAGGAUUUUCUCUAGAUUCAAAGCUCUUUCUAUAUUGACGACGGAGCGCUUAUGAUAUAGAAAUAUACAUUGCUUGAAUGUAAUGUACAAAAGGCGUUCACUCUCCCAAGAAUAAGGUGAAAAGCUAAAAUACAAUAUAAAUAAAAAUUUAGAAGCAAAUAGAAUGCCGCUAAAGUUCAUCAUAUCUUUAUAAAAAUAUGUCCGGAGUCCAGCUCCAUCUUUACUUCGAAAAUGCUAGAAUGAGAGAAAGACCAAUUGGAACAGCUGAAAUCAACAUAAAAAAAACAAUGAAACAGUAAUUUCCUAAUUUAAUAAAUGACAAAAUGAAGUAACAUCAUGCAGACUGACUUUUCUAUUUACAAGUUUGCGUGGGUAAGAACUUUUAUGUUAUUCCAACUAGACUUCUGUUUAAAUUAUAAAAAGUGAUUAUAAGUUCAUGAAUCUGCAACACUGGAAGUGCGAAAGCGAAAAUUUUGUAGUCAUUUUCGGCUACAUCGCUAGUGAUUGUAGUCUAAGAUUUUCGAACUGACAUUAGAGAUUCCGAAACGUUCUUCUGGUGAGACAUGGCGAAAUUUUGAAGCAUUGUCUUCAUUUAUAAAUUUUUCUGAUUAUUUUGCAAUUCGGGCAAUCGAGAUUUUUAAAUCCAACUAAUUAAAUUAUGCAGAUCCUCUGAUUGCAGGGAACGAGAUAUAACGCAGACCAGAACCUGUUGACUGCAUCGGUGUUGCUUAAUAUUUUCAACGGAGUUAAAGGUUCGCGUAGAUGCCUGUGUUGAUAAUAUAUGCUGUCGUGACUUUCAUAUUCAAACGCCCUUGUAAAAUAUCUAAUUUCA